AUGGAGAGUCAUCGGCAUCACCACAGCUUUCGCUGCGAAGAGGAAUCAGCGUCAGUGCCAAUUGUAUCACGGAGUAAAAUACGCCCGUGGGCUACCGGGGUAUUAUUGGGAGCAUUGCUGAUUGCUCUCAUAUACCUCUCCCGGCCGGAUAUUUAUCUAUGGGGAUCGGUUUCAACUCUUCAACCACACCAUAGUACCUUGAGUGAGGCCGCUCUUCGGCCUUUGAUAAAACUCCACCACGAAGACCAUGCGUUUCGCCAACCAGCUACACUUUAUAUGAAUUGGAAUGUCACUAAAGGUCUGCGUAGACCUGAUGGUGUUCUCAAAGAAAUCUAUCUGCUCAAUGAUUUAUUCCCUGGUCCUACUGUUGAGGCACGAUCAGGAGAUACAUUGACGAUAAUGGUCACCAAUUUAAUGAACGAAGAAUCGCUCUCCAUUCAUUGGCAUGGUCUUCACGUUACCAAUGCCAUGGAUGGAGCAGCGGGAGUCUCACAAUGUCCUAUCCCACCGGGUGGUCAAUUCGUCUAUAAUUUCACCAUCCCUGCAGAUCAGAGCGGCACAUUCUGGUAUCAUGCACAUGUCGGUCUCUCGCGUGGCGAUGGUCUCUAUGGUGGUCUUGUCGUCCAUGCCCCAGCAUCUCGCUCAACUGUAAGGGGUCUGCUACCCCGAUUAAAUGGUGAUGCUUAUCAAUAUGGCUAUGAGAAGGAACUACUUCUGCUCAUUGGUGACUGGUAUCAUUGGAGCGCGAGUGAUGUUUUGGCCUGGUAUAUGAAUCCAGGUAACAUCGGUUUGGAUCCAGUACCGGAUUCUUUUCUCAUCAACGGAGUCGGAUAUUUCAACUGUUCGGGGGCAACAAUUGCGCGCCCAGUUGAUUGCAUCGACCAGCCACUUGACACUUUGUUCUUGAAAAUGAAUCCCGGUACCACCUAUCGAAUUCGCGUAGUGAACACGGGAUCUCUGAUGGGACUCAGCCUUCUGUUUGACAAAGAAGAGCUUACUCUCAUCCAAAUGGACGGGGUUGAUGUCGAAACACCAAAACAGCACGGUGUCAACUCGAUGGGCAUUCUAUAUCCAGGUCAACGCAUGGAUUUCAUUCUUCACCCUAAUCAGCUGCCCGUUGCCUCUUCUAUGACGGUACAGCUAGAUCAAGAAUAUUUCAAGUUCAUGAACCCAUCCCUCACACCCAAUCAAACAUUUCCUAUCAACUACCAAAUAUCUUCUGCACCCGAAGCAGAUUCUCCAAUACCCACACCUGGAAUUCGAAACAAUACCGAUAUAAACAACACACCCUCCACUGAAUCAUUUCUCAAGUUCCUCCCCCCAAAGCCCGACCAGACAUACGUCAUCUACACCAAGAUUCAAAUUCUAUCCUUCAACCACAACAUCCCCUUCGGUAUUUUCAACCAAACAACAUGGAGUCCCCAGAAAGACCCAUCAAUGCCGCUAAUCGCUCUGCCGCGAAAUCAGUGGGAUGAAAAUCAAUUCGCAAUCACCACAGGCCCGGGUCCAGCGUGGAUCGAUCUUGUUGUGAACAAUCUCGAUGAUGGUGGCCAUUCGUUCCACAUGCACGGCCACCACUUUUAUGUCAUGACUGUUCAAACCGCCGGCUACGGAUGGGGCUCAUACAAUCCAUUUGAAGACGCGUUUCCUCCCGGUCUAGCACCGGAUCGGAACUCCGAGACAAACGAGCGAUUGGAAAUUGGGACCAUCCGACCGAAUACCGACGAGUUCUACCCUUACAACCUGUCGAGAGUGGCUCUGCGUGAUACCGUUUAUAUUCCCCGACGCAGCUACGCGGUUUUGCGCUUCCGGGCUGAUAACCCGGGUGUGUGGCUUUUUCAUUGUCAUAUGCUUUGGCAUGUGGCAACGGGGAUGGCAAUGUUGAUCGAUGUUCAAGGCGAUUCGGCAGGUGCAACUGCGCAUGAUGCGUCUUUGAUGGGGAGUGUCGGUGGCGUGUGUGCCGUAUGA